GUGUCCCACUUGUUGUUGAUUCUUCACAAAAAAAUACAGUUUUAUAUCUUUAUGUUUGAAGCCUGAAAUACCCGAAUACUUUCGCAAGGCACUGUAUUUUUUCAUCUGCAAAUCGGCGCCCAAAAAUACAGUUUUCCAAUUGUUAUGAAAACUUGAUAUCGGCCCUAAUUAAUCGGCCAUUCCGAUUAAUCGGUCAACCUCUAGUUUGGACACACUUACUUAUUGGCCUAGAAGGCCAGCAUCCCAGAAUCGUUCUCUUCACGGUUGGCGUUGAGACUGGUGUUUUGCAGGUACUAUUUAUUGAAGCUGCCAGUUGAGGAUUUGUGAGGCGUCUGUUUCUCAAACUAGAUACUCUAAUGUACUUGUCCUCUUGCUCAGUUGUGCACCUGGGCCUCCCACUCCUCUUUCUAUUCUGGUUAGAGCCAUUUUGCACUGUUCUGUGAAGGGAUUAGUACACAGCAUUGUACGAGAUCUUCAGUUUCUUGGCAAUUCCUCACAUGGAAGAGCCUUCAUUUCUCAGAACAAGAAUGGACUGACGAGUUUCAGAAGAAAGGUCUUUGUUUCUAGCCAUUUUGAGCCUGUAAUCGAACCCACAAAUGCUGAUGCUCCAGAUACUCAACUAGUCUAAAGAAGGCCAGUUUUAUUGCUGCCUUAAUCAGCACAACAGUUUUCAGCUGUGCAAACGUAAUUGAAAAAGGGUUUUCUAAUGAUCAAUUAGCCUUUUAAAAUUAUAGACUUGGAUUAGCUAAUACAACGUGCCAUUGGAACACAGGAGUGAUGGUUGCUGAUAAUGGGCCUCUGUAGGUCUAUGAAGAUAUUCCAUAAAUAAUCAGCCGUUUUCAGCUACAAUAGUCAUUUACAACAUUAACAAUGUCUACACUGUAUUUCUGAUCAAUUUGAGGUUAUUUUAAUGGACAAAGAAAUGUGCUUUUCUUUCAAAAACAAGGACAUUUCUAAGUAACCCCAAACGUUUGAACAGUAGUGUAUAUUAAAGGUGUAAAUAUAUUAAAGGUUUAUUUAUUAACGUUCCCAACCUGUUUCACAAGAACAGAAUUAACUUAGGAUGUAAAUAAUGAGCAAAGCAUUUCCAAGCUCAGUAGACAAAAAUGUCUACUCAACCAUAGAUUGUUGGUUGACUCUGACAGGGGAUAUUCCAAGCUGAUACUAGUUCUGCUUCCCCAUCCCCCACCAGGUGAGCUGUAAGGUGAUCAUGUUUAUUCACCUGUACCUGUUUGGUUGUAACUACUUCUGGAUGCUGUGUGAGGGCAUCUACUUGCACACACUCAUCGUCGUGGCUGUGUUCGCCGAGAAACAACACCUCAUGUGGUACUACCUGCUUGGAUGGGGAUUUCCCCUUAUACCUGCAUUGAUACAUGCAAUAGCACGAAGCUACUACUACAAUGAUAAUUGUUGGAUCAGCUCAAACACUUCCCUCCUCUACAUUAUCCAUGGUCCCAUCUGUGCUGCCCUGCUGGUGAAUCUUUUCUUCCUGUUAAACAUUGUGCGUGUCCUCAUCACCAAACUGAAGGUGACCCAUCAAGCUGAAUCUAGCCUCUACAUGAAGGCUGUGAGAGCCACCCUGAUCCUCGUCCCUCUCCUGGGCAUCCAGUUUGUCUUGUUCCCCUACAAACCCCAGGGACGCUUCGCCUUGGAGAUCUACGACUAUAUUAUGAACAUCCUCAUGCACUACCAGGGUCUCCUGGUUGCCACCAUCUUCUGCUUCUUCAAUGGGGAGGUCCAAGGUGUUUUGCGAAGGCACUGGAACCAGCAGAGGAUCCAGUUUGGCAGUAACUUUGCCCACGCAGAUGUCUUCCGCUCAGCCUCAUACGUGGCGUCAUCCCUGACGGAGGUGCAUCGCUGCUACAGCAUCGACGGGCACACCGAACACAUGAACGGCAAGAACAGCUACCACGACGUGGAGACGGUGACACCCACCAUACUCCGGUCGGACAACCCGUUUGCCUGAGACUGAAGGUGGGAAGUCGCGGGUCUUGGGUCUGUACAGUUACACAGUGGCAGUUCAACUUUCAGUUGAAAUGGCUGCAGACAAUUUGGAACUCUUUUCCCACCAUAUUCUAGAACAUUUUCUCAAACUUCUUGGCAGUCGCCUUCACAGCAAUUGGAUGAUGGUGAAAAAGUACAUGAACGUUUAUAGGGGGCACUACUCAGCCUCUUGAUCUGGUCAAUACAGUUACCUUCAACUGAUCCACUUUAACUUCACGAGGACGGAAUAGGCACUUAACUAGAGACACCUGUGUAAAGGAAUGGACACUACCUACACUACCUUAAGGGUUUUAGUGUAAGGAAUGGACACUACCUACACUACCUUAAGGGUUUUAGUGUAAGGAAUGGACACUACCUACACUACCUUAAGGGUUUUAGUGUAAGGAACACUACCUACACUACCUUAAGGGUUUUAGUGUAAAGGAAUGGACACUACCUACACUACCUUAAGGGUUUUAGUGUAAGGAAUGGACACUACCUACACUACCUUAAGGGUUUUAGUGUAAGGAAUGGACACUACCUACACUACCUUAAGGGUUUUAGUGUAAGGAAUGGACACUACCUACACUACCUUAAGGGUUUUAGUGUAAGGAAUCAAUCUUGCCGUUUCAUCCUGUGGACUGAAGGGCCUACGACUGUACAACAACCUCUGACCCAAGAGCCUGAGACUCUACAACAACUUCUGACCCAAGAGCCUGAGACUCUACAACAACCUCUGACCCAAGAGGAGUACAGUGCAAUGAACUUGUUGGGCCUUCUGGUGAUAUAAUUACUUCCAUUCUGUAAAGGACAAAGGAAACCUAAUGUAUAUGGACCUUAAGCACUGGAUUAUGUAUUAAGAUUGGCAGGCUCUUUAUGGCUCUCUUUAUGACAAGACAAGUAACUAAACGGCACAGUGGAUUUAUUUUGAUACAGUGUACAGUUACAAUUGUUUUAUUUUACAGCAAUUAGCAUUGAAUGUGUUAUCAUGUGUUGUUCUCUGUGGUUUGAAUUUGCAUGGUCAUUGAUGGCUACUUAUUUAUAACUAUGUUACAUUAGUACAAGAUGGACCACCCAUUAGAAUGUUAAUUUCCUGUCAGUGUAUUACCCUGUCCAGCGGUCUUCUCCCUUCUGUCUAGACUAGGGUUUAGUCCCUCUGUGGGAGUUUAUGUCUGGCACAUAAAAUGACCUUGGUUUUGCCUCAGUUUUAUCUGUCAUAGUUGAAUGUAUGUAAGUCUUGUUUAAGUAUAUAAGUAUUUU